GCAAUGUAAAAUUUCGUCUGAUUUUCUACUACUGUUGGUGUUGUUGCUAAAGGGGAAACAAAAAUUCGGAAUGUUUUGUGUUAAAAGGGUGUUUCUUAAUAUUUCUAUGAUUAAAUGAAAUCUAUGUUGCUUAAUAUUCAUUGACUUAGAAGAAGAAAGUCCUGUGCUGUAGAAUUUUAUAGUGUCCUGCCAUAAUUUUCUUUAUACUUUUAUUUGUUAUCGUCUGUUUUAUGAAAUUAUAUUUACUUUCUAUUAUGUGAAGAUAAUUUCUAACUCAAGAGGAUGGCACCAGUCUCCUUUCACUCGAAAUAAUUUUUUAAAAAUUUUAUAAAAAUUAUGGGGUGAAAUCAACAUCAUACUUUGUGUUAAAUUAUGGCUUUGUCUGAGUAUCAUCUUGACACAAGGAUACGCCGUCAUCAUGUGCCUCUCACUACUCAACAGAGACGACUUAGGCAUUUGCGAAGCAUAUCAGCAAGAAACAUUCUAAAUGAAGAUGCGGAAAAAGACUCCAGUUUUGGUGUUGCUUAUACCUUGCACCAGGGUACUGAUUUACCAGCUUUCUACGCAAGUGAAAUAGUUAGAAAUAAUAUAAAUCCAUCUUGGAAAGAAUUUGAAAGUAGCAACUUACCUGAUAAUGUUGAUACUGCCACAACAUAUGUAAUCGUGAAAAUCUGGAAUAUGGACAUAAAGGAAAUUCUGAUAGAGUGGGUUGUAUUUUUUUCUGGAUUAGUGUAUCUUGGAGAACAGGUACCAAAAGAAGGGAAGAAUUUUAAGCCAAAUACAAUUAUUUUUGGCAUGUCGGAAGGAUUUUACAGUUGUAGCGAUUGCUAUCAGCAUACUGGUGGAAGUAGUCAUAAGUCUAGUAUCACUGAUUUACUUGAUGCUGAUGGUGCUAGCUUACGAACAUCGUGCACAUUAAGCACAUUAUCUAGGCAUACUGGUGGAAGUAGUCAUAAGUCUAGUAUCACUGAUUUACUUGAUGCUGAUGGUGCUAGCUUACGAACAUCGUGCACAUUAAGCACAUUAUCUAGGAUCAAAACUGUGGAGAGGGCAAUCAAACAAACCCGAGCUGCUGUACAGAGGAGGAGAAAUAGUAUCAAUGCCAGACUGCAAAGUAGUCAAGAAAUGCACCAUAUCCACGCUCAGAGAGAAUUACUAAAAAUAAGAAUAUCUAUUUUGAAAACUGAACUUCAGUAUCAACAGAGAAGUUGCUUUACGCUUGAAAAAGAUGUUACUGCCUAUAGAGAGGAAUUAGUGAAAAAAAAGAACGAAUUGAAUAAAAGUGUUGAGGAACAGAAAAGAUCUGUUGAAAAAUGUGUUGAAUUAUCAAAGUCUCAUGUAGACUUCAGGGAAUCUUUUUUGAAAACUGAAGCUCAACUGAACUUGAGAAGAAAACAAUUAGUAUCUGAAUUAAGUUGCAUUUAUCCCAUUGUAGAAUUUCCUGAUCGCAAGGGCUUUAGCAUACAUAACGUGCACCUUCCAAAUUCUGAAAACUUUGCUGGUCAUGAUGAUGUGAUGAUUGCAGUAGCCUUAGGAUAUGUCUGUCAUAGUGUUCUUAUGAUAUCCCAGUUCUUAAAUGUUCCUCUAAGAUAUCUAAUUAAUUUCUAUGGCUCUCGUUCCACCAUUGUUGAUCACAUAUCAAGUUGUUUGCCUGAUAACUCUAGAGAAUUUCCUUUGCAUUUGAAAGGAAGAGAUAGAAAGCCUUUUGAAUAUGGAGUAUUUUUAUUGAAUAAAGAUAUAGCACAGCUUCGUAUUUUGUUCCGGCUGACCACAAAAGACUUGAGUGCCACAUUACCUAAUUUGAGUUCAUUGAUUGAACUAAAGUUCUCUUCUAGCAAUGAUGAUCAUAGUAUCCCUACUCAUGAGGAUAAAAGGUCAACUUCAAAACCCACACAGAAUGGCCUAGAAUAUUCACUGCGAUCCGUCUCUUCCAUUGUCAUGAAUUCCAGUAAUGAAGCUGAAUCAAUUCUCAAGCGAGAAAUGGUAGCCAUGUUACCUCACAAUGCAAACCUUCAGACUGUGGAAACUUCUCUUAAAAGCAAAGAUGCAUCCAAUGCCCUGAGCAGUUCUUUAGACAAGGGACUCAACGAAAUAAAGCAACUGGAGAAAUCCCUAGAAACACUCGAACUGGAGACGAAGGAUAUAUCUGCCAAAAAGAUAAUACAAUCGAAGCUCACAGCUCACCAUCACUCGAGCUUCCCCAACCUCAACUCUUCCUUGUCCGUACCUCACGACGCCAACGGUAUUAUCGAUAGUCAAUUGCUUACGACACCUUCGAACGUUUGGACGGCUGAAAGUUCUCGCACAAACUCUGAGGACGAACAUGCCGAGGAAGACUCGAAACCCAGGAAACCUAAAGUUUUGAAUGAUUCGAUAUUUUAUAUUCCAUCAAUGCCUUCCUCGGAUACCGUAAAGGAGGGCUCCCAAACUAACAUGGAGGAUGAAGAGUUUUCUGCUGACUUGUCACUGCGGACGCAGCAGUUGUCAAACCGUAAGUCGAGCUUCCAGUUGCAGAAGAUACGCGGUUCAUCUGGUGAUGAACAAUUGUCUGACAUUUAAUUUCUAUGUAUUUGUUUGGUGGUAUGAUAAAUUCUACCUUUUUAUUUUACAUUCAAUACAUUUUAUUACGAUUUUCUUUUGUACAUUUCUUAAAUACAUUGUAUAUUUUGUUCUAAGUUCCUAAUUUUGUUAAUCAUCUGAAAUGAGUUGUUUUAAUUUACUUAAAUGAUCUUUAGACACUUAUUUUUUUUUUCUUUUUCUAAAUAUUAAGUAAUUUUUAACUUA